UUGGCCACAGCCAGUCAAUGGGAUUAAAAGUGACAAACAUCUUUUUGUUUCGUGCUGACAUCAUGAACUUGUUUUUAUUCUUUCUUCUGGUCGUGCAAAUGCACAGCGUGACGCCUGUGAUUCACACGCUGCAGUAUUUCGAAACUGUGUCCUCUCAAGUUCCAAACUUCCCAGAGUAUGUGAGUGUUGGUUAUGUUGAUGGAGUUGAGAUUAGUUACUAUGACAGCAACAUCAGGAAAGAAGAAUCCAAACAGGACUGGAUGAACAAAAUCACAGCAGAGGAUCCAAAAUACUGGCAGAGAGUAACAGAGAUCAGUGUUCGUAACGAGUUUACUGCCAAACACAACCUUGAAGUUCGUAAGAAGCGUUUCAACCAAACUGGAGGUGUUCACAUUGUCCAGUGGAUGUCAGGAUGUGAAUGGAAUGAUGAGACUGAUGAGGUUAAAGGUUGGCGUCAGCAAGGUUAUGAUGGAGAAGAUUACAUAUCGUUGGACAUGAAGACAUGGACAUAUACUGCAGCAAAACCACAAGCUUUCCCUGACAAACUCAAGUGGGACCAGAACAUAUUUAUACUAGACGACAAAAAGUAUUAUUACACUGAGCUUUGUCCUUCUUACUUGAAGAAGUAUGUGAAGAAUGGGAAGAAGGUCCUAAUGAGAACAGAGCUUCCAGAGGUGUUCCUCCUCCAGAAGACGCCAUCCUCUCCAGUCACCUGCAUGGCGACAGGUUUCUACCCCGACUUAGCCGACCUGUUUUGGAGGAAAGACGGCGAGCAGAUCUUCGAGGACGUGGAGCACGGAGAGCUGCUCCCCAACCACGACGGAACCUUCCAGAUGUCGGUGGAGCUGAAAGUGGAGGUGACGGCCGAGGUGGAGGGCAAGUACGAAUGUGUGUUCCAGCUGUCUGGCGUCAAGGAGGACCUGGUCACCAAGCUGGAGAGAAGAAGCAUCCUGAGCAACGCAAGCCAUGAAGACAACUGGAGCGUCGCCCUCGCUGCCACGGCGGCGGUCGUCGCUGUGGCGGCCGUCCUGGCGGCCAUCAUCAUCGUCAUGGUCAGGCGUCACAGAAACAGACAAGCCCAGUACGAUGCAGCUCCUCGCCACGGCGGCGUGGAGCUCUCCGAGAAGGUGGCGGCUGAAGGCUGAGAUGCUUUGUGCACUGGAACACAGAGAGAUGUCUCCAUCGCUGAGGGACGUCAUGGAGAUGUGCUUUGUUCUUCAUCCCACUGCUCCUCAAGCUAUUCCAUCUAUUCUUCUUUGGCCGUUAAAAUACUUUCAACAUCAAACGUUGGUGGCUAGAAAAUCAUUCGGGGCUCACGUUUCAUGGCCUUGACAUCAUGACGAGGAUUUCUUCUUUCUUUGAAUGGCCGCUGCUUAUGAUCAAUAUCACAUUGUGUCACAUCUCUGUCAAUAAAUCCGUUUGUUCUCCA